AUGGACAAGUUUAUAAGCUGCUGUUUUACUACAAGUGAGAAAAAGUCAUUGUCUGACACAACACAAUCUCUAUUGAUCCUUUCUCUGCCAGUAUCUGGAGACUGGAACAACUACCUAUCUAUGUUGGGGAGCAAAAGUUCAGCUGAACCUGUAACAAUCCAGCCAUGUGCCACUGGUACCUUUGCUACUUCCAACAUGACAACCCUCUUACACACUGGAGGCAACUGGUCCACUGGUCUAUUUGAUAUCUGCAGUGACAAGACAAUUUGUAUGUGUGGCCUGUUGUGCAGCCCCUGCCUGGAAUGCAGACUUGCGAGCAAGUAUGGUGAGUGCUUUUGCUUCCCAUUGCUCCUGGGUUCAACCUUAGCCCUAAGAGCCGGCAUCAGAGGGAGACACAGCAUACAUGGAACUCUCUGCGAAGACUGGAUGGCAGUUCACUGCUGCUGGCCUUGUGCAAUCUGUCAAAUGGCUCGAGAAAUGAGGAUAAGACCUCUGUUCCAGGUCUACAAAAUGCAUCGAUCCCCUCCUCCUCUUCUGGCCAAAGAUGCACUUGUUUAA